AUGGUGCAAGUAGGCGGCAGCAAUCGACGCCCGUGGGCAGAAGCCGCGAGCAGCGCUUUCGCCGUCGCCUCGGCCCUUCCAGCCACGAUGAACAGCACGCAGAUCGCGGAUAUCUUUGAAAAGGUUGAAAGGCUUGAACCGAUCGAUACAUAUCCUCUUACGGCUGAACUUUCAUCACUACGGAAUGCGACCGGCGAAACACUUCUGAUUGUGGCUGCACGUGCAAAUAAUGUGGCGGCCGUCAAAACACUUGCCCUCGAUCCGGAAAUUUUGGAUGAAUCUGAUAGUGAAGAGUGGAGUGCUCUGCUGAAUGCUGCUCAUAAAGGGCAUACAGAAGUGGCCAAAAUUCUUUUGGAGAAUGGAGCCAACGUAGACUUCCCUGAUUCGCUGGGAUGGAGUCCUUUGAUGUGGGCAGUUUACAAGUGCCACCCUGAAAUAGUGGAUCUCCUUCUGAAUUACGGAGCUCACGUUAAUCUGAUCGAUGAGGAGGAUGGUCUUACCCCACUAAUCGUAGCAGCCGGCCGUGGUUUUACUGCUGUCGUUGAGAGACUGCUUGCUGCAGAUGCCCAAGUUAAUGCUUGUGACAAAUUCGGCAGCACGGCUCUGAUUUGGGCAGCUCGGAAAGGUCAUCUCCCAAUUGUACAAAUGCUAUUGAAUGCGGGUGCAGAAGUAGAUGCUGUUGGAAUGUGGUCAUCAACGGCUUUAAUGUUAGCUACAAAAGGAAACUACCUAAAUGUUGUGGACCUCAUUUUGACUCGAGAGCCAAACGUGAACGUAGUGGAUCAGAACGGUCUAUCAGCGCUUGGAAUAGCAGCACGAGAGGGCUAUGCAGAUAUUUGUGAAUCACUUAUUAAUUCGGGUGCCUUCGUCAAUCAGUCUGAUAAAUACGGUAACUGGAUACUGCUUAGCGCGGUUCGCAGCGGAAAUGCUAAUAUUGUUCGCUUGUUGCUCGAAAAGUUUGCGGAUGUCAAUGCAAGAGAUUCGGAAAAUAGAACAGCUUUACAUCUAGCUAUCGAUAAAUCAUUUAUGGAUAUUGUAUAUCUUAUACUGGAAAGGAAGCCAAACCUCGAGUUGAAGAACAAGGACGGAGAGACGCCUUUGCUUCGAGCUGUAAAAAGUCGCCAUGUUGCUUUAUGUGAACUACUGGUCAAAGCUGGUGCGAAAGUUUCGGCAGCGGAUAAUAAUGGGGAUAAUGCUCUCCACUUGGCUCUCAGAGCAAGGAGCCGGAGGUUAACACAGACCUUAUUGGCAAAUCCUUCGGACUCCCGUCUUCUUUACCGGCCAAACCGUCUUGGUCAAACUCCUUAUUCUAUCGAUCAAGGAAAUCCCCAACCUAUACUGCCUUUGAUCUUUGGACCAAUUGAUGCCGAGCAACAAAUGGAUACUAUGUUAGGAUACGAUGUUUAUAGUAACGUACUCGCAGAUAUCGCAAAUCCUUCGGACUCCCGUCUUCUUUACCGGCCAAACCGUCUUGGUCAAACUCCUUAUUCUAUCGAUCAAGGAAAUCCCCAACCUAUACUGCCUUUGAUCUUUGGACCAAUUGAUGCCGAGCAACAAAUGGAUACUAUGUUAGGAUACGAUGUUUAUAGUAACGUACUCGCAGAUAUCGUUUGUGAGCCGUCUCUAUCUCUUCCCCUAACCGUUGGCUUAUAUGCAAAAUGGGGAUCUGGAAAAUCCGUUUUACUCGCGAAACUUAAAGAUUCGAUGUACAGUUUUUCACGUAACUGGCUCGAGGGAGCUCACUUGACCUUAUCAGCACUUAUAUUCUUCUACAUCAUCUUAUUUUGCCUUGUCCUCACGAUGACAUUUUCCACCAUUUUCGCGGUUUUUGCCAGUUUACCUGCACUUAUUGCGGUUUGGAUAAUUGGACUAUGCCUACUUAUUUUAUUGAUUUCAUCGUACUGUUUCAUUUACUACGGCAGUGAAAUACGUGGAUGGUCUGCUCCUAGUCAAAUAGCGAACUCACUUUCACGUUUUAUAUACCGUGUUCGUCUGUUGUGGAAUGUUGCUACUUUAUAUGCCCCCAUGCACUCCGAAAACGAUAUUGCGAGUAAUCCUGUGAGCUUUCUCUUUGCUGAUUAUCAUCGCCUGUCAUCGAUUGGUGGUGAGCAAGCCUUAGCGAAAAUUGUGGCCACAUUGUUUGAAGCGGCUGAAACGCACUUUGGGGUUCUACCCGUGCGGCUGUUUUGCUCGUUAAGGACCGCCUAUCCUGGGCAACAUGGUGCACUGAGGAAGCAUUGUGGUGUGCCAAUAGUUCUACUCGUUGGUAUUGCUAUAUUUAUGCUGCUCUGUGCUGAAGUGUUUAUGACACUGUGGUUGUUUAGUGACAGAGAUGCGAAUUCCGGAGCACUCUUCGUUGCUGCUGUGGCAUUCAUGAUUGUAUUCCUCAUGCUGACGAUUUAUCCUGUAAUUAUUAUGAUGAGAUAUGGAUACACAAAUGUUCCUCGACGACGUGUAAAUGCGGCUGCGAGAAUGGUUCACAAACUACGCUUCGAAGGUCUUAUGCAAAAGUUGCAGUCGGAGGUAGACAUAUUGGCUGAUAUGAUAAGGUCUCUAGAUGCAUUCACAAGGAGUCAGACUCGGCUUGUUGUUGUUGUGGACGGUCUCGAUAACUGCGAACAGGAGCGUAUGGUACAAACGCUGGACGCUUUGGAAUUACUAUUUUCUGCUCGUAAGCAUAGACCUUUCAUAACGAUCAUAGCUGUUGAUCCACAUAUAAUCGUAUCGGCCAUUAAUCAUAACAUGCACUCUGCUCUUACUGGUACCGAACUUACCGGCCAUGAUUAUUUGAAAAAUAUAGUCAACAUGCCGCUAUAUCUGCAUAACUCAGCAUUACGCCAGCUCCAGAACAAAUUGAAGGAAAAGCGUGAGUCUUUUGCCGACUGGAAAGAGCGCUAUAGGCGCCAGGACACUUUUCAUGGGUCGCAUCUGUCACUGUCGGAUGGUCGUCAAAGUCGGAAGGCAACAAUUGUUGUUGGUACACGUAGUAUCGGAGAGUCACUUCUCAACGAUGACUAUUUUUCGAAUAUGAAUCCUCGAGCUAUGAGAAGAAUUGUCAAUGCCCUCACUUUAACAGGUCGACUUAUGCGAGCAUUUGAGAUUGAUUUCUCGUGGCUGUCGCUUGGUCACUGGGUCUCGUUGUUGGAGCAGUGGCCUAGUAGGAUGUGUUGGUUGAUCGAUCGUGCUGUUGACAUCAACAAUAACGGAUUGACGCUAGCAGAGGUAUAUCAUCAGCUUAAAGACCAUAUCCCGAAGAAAGACGCCUUAAUCGAGUUGGAUAGGAAUCCGGAUAACUUUGAGGUAUAUCAUCAGCUUAAAGACCAUAUCCCGAAGAAAGACGCCUUAAUCGAGCCUUUCUUGGAUUCGCCGGCAAUCCCUAGUUCUGAGCAGCUUACAGUUGGGCAUGUGAAAAAGUUUGUCCCAUGUACCAGCAAUCUCGAUCCUUAUCUGAGGAAAUUAAUCAGAGAACGGCGUCAAGGCAUGGAAGAUCCAGUAAAAGAGCUUGGGCUAGGCACGGUAGUGAUACCACCAGUUGCGAAGUAUCUGUUUGGGGACGAGAAAGUUUGGAAUACUGUCAAUACCCCGCUCGUGGAGAUGAAGCUGGAUGCUGUGUGUAACCUUGUGAAACGCUUGGACAUUGCCCCUAAUAGACUUGACAGUAUCAUACGCAAAUUCCAACAACUUAAUCUUGGCGGUCUCGUUUUGGCCUCGUGUCCACUUCAAGAUUUGAAAGAUGCGCUAGGGAUCCCUCUUGGGGAUUGGACUAUGGUGCGCCUUCUCGUCGAGACUUUGAAAGCUUUUGGAGCAAACGUUCCGGGUUUGAAAUAUGACAAGAGAAAGGCGUUGACGUUACCUGAAGAGGACGAAGAUGUCGCAGAUGUCGAAGUUGAAGUUACUCGUCGUGAUACGAUCGUUCACUCACCAUCUAACGUGCUGCCUUCGGAACAACGAAGAAGAUCGAUGGUGGCCUCAACAGAGAUGAACAGCGAUCACAAGUGGCUCAUGGAGAGUCUUUCAGGAAUGGAUCUAACUCAAACUGAAGGUGACCUCGAUUUGGCACCAUCUUCUGGAAAUUCGGUGCGAUUUGGUGAUGCUCUGGAAGAUGGUUUAGCUUCCGAUGCUGAUAGCACUGAAUCUCGCUUCGGAAGCCGAGAGAAUCUCCUGGACCCAGAACCGAUUCUAAGUCGGAAUUCCAGUACAAGCAACGGAAGGUGA